GCCCCCUGAGAGGCGGAGGUGGGUAGCCAGACCCGGAGAGACGGUGAAGGAGCUGGAAACCGAGCCAGGGCUGAGCCGGCUGACAACAGGUGAAGAGGCUUGCUGCGGACUCAGGUUGGCGAACAGCCCUGGCGAACAACGAGCGGAGGGGAAGGUGUCUUUCAAGUCAGUUGCAGGUUCCGAUCUUUGGGUACUCCAGGAGCUGCUCUCCAGCCCCUGCUUCUGGACCUAUGGAUUCUCCAUCUAGCAUUUCUUCCUAUUCCUCCUACUCUCUCUCUUCGUCUUUUCCCACCUCCCCAGUGAACAGUGACUUUGGCUUCCCCUCUGAUAAUGAGAGGGAGGACAAGGGGGCCCAUGGGCCCAGGCCAGACACUGUUGGGCAGAGGGGAGGUUCCCGGCCCAGCCCGGGUCCUAUCCGCUGCAGGCAUCGAUCCAAGGUUUCCAGUAACCAACAUACACCAUCUCAUCCGGAACAGCGGGGUUCGGCUUCUCCUAUGGCAGGAUCUGGGGCGAAAAGAUCAAGAGAUGGUGAACUGGAGACCAGUCUAAACAUCCAAGGUUGUACCACAGAGGGAGACCUGCUGUUUGCCCAGAAGUGUAAAGAACUCCAAGGAUUUAUACCUCCUCUCACAGAUCUACUCAAUGGGCUGAAGAUGGGUCGUUUUGAGAGAGGAUUAAGCAGUUUUCAGCAGAGUGUGGCAAUGGACAGGAUCCAGCGUAUUGUAGGUGUUUUGCAGAAGCCACAGAUGGGGGAACGUUACCUAGGAACCUUGCUACAGGUAGAAGGGAUGUUAAAGACUUGGUUUCCACAUAUAGCUGCCCAGAAGUCGUCAUUGAGUGGUGGCAAGCAUCAGCUGACCAAGCAUUUUCCAAGCCACCACAGUGAUUCAGCCGCUUCCUCUCCUGCAUCUCCUAUGGAAAAGAUGGACCAGACACAGCUAGGACAUCUAGCUUUAAAACCAAAGCAGCCUUGGCACCUCACAGAAUGGCCAGCUAUGAACCUUACCUGGAUCCACACCACUCCAAUUUGCAACCCCCCUCUCAGCUCCCCAGGUACUAUCUCCUUUAGCCAUGGUCCUUUAGGCACUGGAACCGGUAUUGGCGUCAUUCUUUUCCUACAGCAUGGAGUGCAACCCUUCACCCACUCUGCCCCAGCCACUCCAGUCCCACCUACUACAGCAUCUCCUGUCAUCCCUGGUGAGCCUAUGAAACUAUCUGGAGAGGGGCCUCGUUGCUACAGUUUGCCAGUAACUCUCCCAUCAGACUGGAGCUAUACCCUAUCCCCUCCCAGUCUACCCACCUUGGCCAGGGAGAUGACCAAAGGACACCGGGAGCAGCAGAGAAGCCAUGCUCCAGUUGCUCCUGAUGCUCAUCUUCUCAACCUCUAGCCCGGGGCAUACAGCUGUCCACUGUGAUUUCUAAUUUGUGUAAAUAUUCAUGUAUAUAUGUAUUUUUACUUUUAAUGUGUGCAUUUGUGUUGAGGGAAGACAAAUCCUUUCUGAUUAAAGAAAUUUUUUUAUACCUAAA